AUGGGAAAUUCAAACUCAUCAAAUAAUCACACAACCUCACAUCCACCGCAACCUCUUCACUCAUCAUCUUGUAAACAUAUUCAACGAUAUCUGAGUAUCGAUGGAUGGUGUAAAAAAUGUACGAUGAAAAGUGUGAAUUCGGGUCAUCGAGGUCUCGAUAAAUUAAUCCUCCGUACCCAAAAAAAGUCAACUUCUUGGACUGAUCCUUUCUUGGAAUGGAUUCCUUUUGAACAUUUCAAGGAUGUGUGCAAAAUUGAUGAAGGGGGAUUUGGUAUUGUCUAUCGUGCUACUUGGAUCCAAGGAAGCAGACAGAAAAAUAAAUCACAAAAGACGCGCACAGGUCCGAUUACGGUCACGUUAAAAUGCAUCAAAAAUUCUCAAGAGAUGUCUGAUGAAUAUUUAAAACGGUUAAAGUCGUAUUACAAAACUAGUAUGGUUCAAUCACGAAAACGAAUGCAACAACAACUCAAAUUCUACGGGAUAUCGCAAGAUCCAACCACCGGAGAGUACGUGAUCAUAACGCAAUACAGCGAACACGGAUCUUUACGUACGCUAUUGCAUAGUCACUUUUCUUCAUUUCGAUGGACCGAUAAAUCAUGGUGGCUUUGUGAUAUUGCGUCAAAUCUACUCACAUUACAUAAGGAGGGUAUCGUGCAUGGAAACAUUCAUUCCGGAAACAUUCUACAAAUUGGUGAAUUGACGAGGGAGACUACAUCAGCUUUAGCCGAUACCGGAUUAAAUUUCCCUGCAAAUGAUCCCAAGAACGUACAUAUUCGAAAUUCGUUCUUAAAAGCUGACACACUUCUCCCUGAUAUAAUGGAAAAGAGGAAUUCGACCGCUAAGAACGAACAAGCUAUUUUCAAAAGUAAAUUAAUACAAUUUCAAAAUGUAUGGGGUAGAAGAAAAACGAAUUAUUCAUUGCAUCGAGAACACACAAAUAGCAUACAUUUUCCACUAUUGGAUUUAAAAUUACCCGAUAUCACUAUCGGUUUCGAUUAA